GGCAACUGUGUGGCACCUCCCACCACCCCGCCUCCCCGCGCACGCGCGCGGAGCAGGACGGGCCGAAUCACGCACCCAAAAUGGCGGCCGCAAUGGAUGUGGACACCCCCAGCGGAACCAACAGCGGCGCCGGCAAGAAGCGCUUCGAAGUGAAGAAAUGGAAUGCCGUAGCUCUGUGGGCAUGGGACAUUGUGGUUGAUAACUGUGCCAUUUGCAGAAACCACAUUAUGGAUCUGUGCAUAGAAUGUCAAGCCAACCAAGCAUCGGCUACCUCUGAGGAGUGCACAGUUGCAUGGGGUGUCUGCAAUCACGCUUUCCACUUCCACUGCAUCUCUCGCUGGCUCAAAACUCGCCAAGUAUGUCCACUGGACAACAGGGAAUGGGAGUUCCAAAAGUAUGGACACUAGAGAGAUGGUCACACGCUUCUUGUUAUGUCAUCGAACUCAGUUGUUCUUGUCACUAUGGGUUUGUUUUAGUGACUUGGAAAGUCAGUAAUGUAUACGAUUCUUCUUUCAUGCUAAUUUCUUCCUAUUGUAUACCAUUGAAUAAAGUCUUGCUGGAGCUUCCUGUCAAA